AACGGCCCCUUUAAACGGUGGUUAGCUAAGCUAGUGUGCAUAGCUGCUUUUUAGUUAGCAUUUUAGCUCGCGAAGUCCUUAUUACGGCAGCCAGUUAAGUAUAGAAACUUAGCAAAUGAAACCCCGCAUAUGCAAACGUGGUUUGAGCUUUAGUGAUGAGAGAGCUUUAUCCAUCCGACCAUUGCCGGUCUCAGACAUGAGGACAGAAUGACAGAAAUUGGAGAGGAAGGCGCCCUUCACCCUCAGGGCUGGAAGGCUGCUGAUCGUGGAGAUGCAGCUCAUGGCAAAACGCUCGGGUCUUCCCCAAAAGACGUCAACCCGACCCAGAAGCACAAUGCUGAUCUUAAACUUGUUCCUAAAAAUGCAGAGGAAGAGAUCGCUUCAUUCAAGCCUCGGCCCCCCGUUCAGCCCAGGCUGUCAAAGCUCAGCAAAAGUGUCUCGGCCGAGGAGACCCUACGACCCAGGAGGCUGAAGAACAGCCAGGAGAGCCUGAGUGACCGAGCUGAGACCGGCUCCUCCACCGACUCGCUGAAAGAAGACCAGACCUGUCCAGGCGGGUUUGCGUCUGCCCGUACACCUGGUCUCUGGGAUGGCCAGGACUCGAGACCCCUGGCUGCUAUCGCAACAGGCCCCCCAGUCCUGCAGCAGUCCGAGCAGGACGGGAGUGACCGGUCAGACCACCGGGGGAGGCCCACCAAGGUGCGGCUGUCUCCGGUGCAGCCAACAGGGCCGCAGCCCGCUCUCAACAAGAACUUUGAGUCAGCCACUUUAAGGGCGGCUAAUAGGAUUGGCAGGGAUUGUUUGGAUUAUGCCGUGCUGGCCAAAGAGAAGUUUGGAGAGAGACUCCACAGGAAUCUGAGCGACAGCCGCCUUCUGGAGGACAUGCAGUCGGAUAGUGGCUCUGUGAGCUCCAUGAAGUCUAUCUACAGCGUUCUAAGCCCCAUCAGACCCCAGGAUGUAAGAAACAGGAGUUUCCUGGAGGGCAGUUUGCUGGGCAGCGGCGCCCUGCUGGGGGCUGAGGAGCUGGACCGCUACUUCCCCGACAGGCGGGUCGGCAUCUACGUGGUCACGUGGAACAUGCAGGGGGGGAAGUUUCUUCCGGCCAACUUGAACGAUCUGCUCCUUCCAACCGACUCUGAAUUCGCCCAAGACUUUUACGUCAUCGGGGUCCAGGAGGGCUGCCCUGACAGGAGGGAGUGGGAGACCUGUCUGCAGGAGACUCUGGGACCUCACUACGUCAUGCUGUACACGGCUGCACAUGGAGUUCUGUACCUUACUGUGUUCACCAGAAGAGACCUCAUGUGGUUCUGUUCAGAGGUGGAGCAUUCCACCGUCACCACCAGGAUCAUCUCCCAGAUCAAGACCAAAGGGGCCGUGGGUAUCGCCUUCACCUUUUUCGGGACCUCCUUCCUCUUCAUCACGUCCCACUUCACCUCCGGAGACGCCAAAGUUUACGAGCGAAUACUCGACUACAACAAGAUCAUCGAGGCUCUGGCGCUGCCCAAAGGCCUCCCGGACACCAACCCGUACCGCUCCACGCCAUCUGACGUCACCACGAGAUUCGACCAAGUCUUCUGGUUCGGGGAUUUUAACUUUCGCCUGGGCGGAGAGCGGGCGGACGUGGAGAGCAUCAUGAGUCGCUCGGCGGGCGGAGACAUGAGCCCCCUGCUGGAGCACGACCAGCUCUCCAAGGAGAUGAGCGACGGGUCAAUCUUCAAAGGCUUCCAAGAGUCGCCCAUCCACUUCUUCCCGACGUAUAAGUUUGACAUCGGCUGCGACAACUACGACACCACUUCCAAGCAGCGGACGCCGUCCUACACAGACAGGAUCCUGUACAGGAGCCGGCAGGCCAACGACAUCAAGGUGCUCAAGUACACCAGCUGCUCCAGCGUCAAGACGUCCGACCACCGGCCCGUCGUCGCCGUCUUCCAGGUCAGGCUGAAGCCGGGAAGAGACAAUAUUCCCCUGUGCGGGGGGCAGUUUGACCGGAGCUUGUAUUUGGAGGGAAUCAAGAGGAGGAUGACCGCCAGGGAGCUGAAGAAGAGGCAGGCCCUGACCAGUCCAAACAGCAGCACCAUCUGCGCCAUCUCCUAACCCGCUAGAAUCAGCCCUCCAGACCAAAGUGGACUGGACUGGUCCCGUGCCACUGGUGGGAGGAGGACCAAAGAGGGAACCCAGUCCGGCGUCCUGGUGAGGCCGGGGGCUCCAGAGGGCAGAGACCUCCAGGUCAGACCAGGUGGAGGUUUGCAGACAGCACAAGUCUGGCCUUUAUUUAUUUAAGCUCCUCUGCUCAAACACGAGCGCAGCGGAGCGGGAGGGGCUGCCGUCGUGACUUAUUUCAGUCUCAUGCUUUGACGUGGACUGGUUUAACCUUACAGACUCGUUACCUGCACUUUUUUGCGGAAGCAUCAUGAAACAUUGAGUUGCUUUUGUUGUUUUUUUUACGACCAUUCUCAAAUGCCUUGCUAUUUAUAACAAAUUGCCGUAAAUAUUUCUGUUUUCUGAGCUGACUCGUUUCCGUUGCAACGUGGGGACAGAUGGGAGGAACCGCUAGCGUUAUUUAUUAUGAGGUCAAGUACACGGUUAACAUUUCAGGAGCAAGACACAGAUGAAUGAGGGCACAUCAGGGAGAUUAAGUAUUGCAAAUGCCUUUAACUUUUCUUAAAGGAGAACAAAAAAGGUUGAACAUUUUGCUGAGAAAUGCCUGUCAUUACUAUUCUUAGGCCGAGAGAGCCUUUGCAACAGACCCUUAACACAAUGCCUUACCUCUCUUCUUACUAUGUAAACCCAUACAUAUAUACUGUACAUGUACUGUAUGUAGCACUUAUAAUCCUGCAUUCCAAGCAUGGAGACAGUAAAAGGAAAGUGCCUGUGGGUCUUACUCUUCUCUAAGACCUCCUCUUUUUAUGUCAUCUAAAUAACAGUGUAAUAAAUGUUUUAAAACUCUA